AUGAGGUCGACACUUUUUGCUGGUGUGUUAUCGUUGCUUUUGAGCAUCGGCGCAGAAGCUGUGGAGGAGGGUGCAGUCUCGUACGAAGGCUACAAGGUCUUCCGCAUCAAGACUCACGGCAAAACCUCUGUAAUCAGAGAGCAGCUGGCACCUCUGAACCUGGACGAAUGGAGCCACGAGGUCGACCAUGUCGACGUUGCCGUCUCUCCUGAGCAAUUGCUCGCCUUUCAGCAGCUCGGCUUAGAGACACAUGUUAUGCAUGCCAAUCUCGGCGACUCCAUUACCACUGAGUCCAGCUUGACCGCAAAAUGGAAACGACAAGACAACACUUCUGCUUGGUUCGACACUUAUCACGAUUAUGCUGAUCACAUUGACUAUUUUGCUCAGCUUCAAGCCACGUACCCAAACAAUUCAGAGGCUAUCACUUCUGGUUACUCUGUUGAGAACAGGAGCAUUUUCGGCCUCCAUUUUUGGGGCGCGGAUGGACCAGGAAAGCCGGCAGUGUUGUACCACGGGACUGUUCAUGCUCGAGAAUGGAUUGCAGCUCCAGUUGUAGAGUAUAUUACGACCCAGUUACUUGAAGGCUUUGAGAGCGGAGACGAGGAUGUCCAGGCCCUCCUCAACAAAUACGACUUUUACGUCCUUCCAUUUGUCAAUCCAGAUGGAUUCGUGUACUCGCAGACAACAAAUAGACUUUGGAGAAAGAACCGUCAACCGCCGCCUCCCGGCGCCAAUGCAACCUGCUACGGCCGCGAUAUUAACAGGAACUGGGAGUUUGCCUGGGACGCCAACCCCAAUGGAGCAUCUACAAACCCGUGCUCCGAGACCUACAAGGGACUGGAACCAUCAGACACACCCGAAAAUCAGGGUCUGGACAAGUUCGUGCGCCAGCUCCGCGACUCGGUCGGCAUCAAGCUCUUCAUCGACUGGCACAGCUACGGUCAGUAUAUCCUCUCGCCCUACGGAUACCGCGACGACUUGUACGCCCCCGAGCUCGGAAAGUGGGAGCAGGCGUCUUCCCUCGUGAGUGAGGCGAUUCGCGACAGCUCGGCGAGGCGAACCACUUUCACCUUUGGCCCCAGUGGCGCGACUCUCUACACAACCACCGGCGCCGCGCCGGAUCAUGUGUACAGUAUUGGUGGGGCCGACUUCUCCUACACCAUUGAGCUGCCCGACACUGGUGACUAUGGAUUCGUCUUGCCUCCAGAGCAGAUCAGGCCUACGGCGGAGGAGCUCUGGGCUGGCCAGCAGGUCCUUCUGAGCAUAUUGGAUGAGGACCUGAGUGGAUAG